GUUUUCCGCCCACUCACUCGAUGUGACGUAACUUCCUGUGACGCGCUGAAAUUUUAAACUAUCCUCCUUCUCAGUGAUGGCGGCUUCGCUUAGUCCUCUCCCUGCAAGCUGUAAUAACAAAUGGUACUACACCCGGCAACAGAUCGACAACAAUCCAUCUCGGCGAGCUGGACUCGAUCCGGACAAGGAGCUCUCGUACAGACAACAGGCAGCCAACCUGCUACAGGACAUGGGACAGCGGCUCAAUGUGUCCCAGCUUACAAUAAACACGGCCAUUGUGUACAUGCAUCGUUUCUAUAUGGUCCAGUCCUUCACCAGAUUCCACAGAAAUGUCAUUGCUCCAGCCGCUCUUUUCCUCGCUGCAAAGGUGGAGGAGCAGCCCCGAAAGCUAGAACAUGUUAUUAAGGUGGCUCAUGCCUGUCUCAACCCACAGGAUCCCUCACCAGAUGUUCGCAGUGAUGCCUACCUGCAACAAGCCCAAGACCUGGUCAUUCUUGAGAGCAUAAUACUCCAGACCUUGGCGUUUGAAAUCACCAUCGACCAUCCCCACACUCAUGUUGUCAAGUGCACCCAGCUGGUUAGAGUUGUUUCAGCAAGUAAGGAUCUUGCUCAAACAUCUUACUUCAUGGCCACCAACAGUCUCCACUUGACCACGUUCUGCCUGCAGUACAGUCCGCCGGUCGUGGCCUGUGUGUGUAUCCAUCUUGCCUGCAAGUGGUCCAACUGGGAGAUUCCUGUUUCUACAGAUGGAAAACACUGGUGGGAAUAUGUUGACCCCACAGUCACUCUUAAGCUGCUAGAUGAGCUCACACACGAGUUCCUGCAGAUUCUGGAGAAAACACCUAGCAGACUGAAACGCAUCCGCAACUGGAAGGCAGGAGGUCAGACACCAAAGACCAAGCCAAAAGUCCAGGAGGAGGGUGACCAGAGGGACACCAUGAUGAGCAUGAUCUCUAUGGCCUCUUCGGAAAGUACUGUGGCGGGUCUGAUGAGCCUUUCGGCCCCGUCUUCUGCUUCGUCUUCGUCCACCACGGCUGACAAGGACAGUACGCCUGGCAGUGCUCAGACCUGGAGUGGCAAGAGUCAGGGGGUGCCUGAGCAGCAGACCAACCAUGAGAUCCACACCCCUGCUAAGGUGUCCUUAAGUGAAUACCGCGCCAAGAACGCAGAUGUAUUGGCCGCUCAGAAGAGGAAGUUGGAAAACAUGGAAGCCAGCGUGAAGAGGGAGUACGCCAAUGCUGCCCAGGCUCUCAUUGGUCAGCAGCAGAGAAAGGAGAAACAGCAGCAUAAUCACCAGCAGUCCAGCUCGUCUUCCUCUGACCUGUCCAACCCCUCACCCAUUAUUCUCAAAAUCCCCUUGGAGAAGGAAAGACACGAUAGAAGUUCUUUGAAAAUGAAGUUUCCCCUGGCUGGCGGAGGCAGCAGUGGACACAGCGGGAGAGGGCAGGACCAAGACAUUAAAGUGCGUAUUCGUGUGCCAGAGAAGCAAAGGGGGAGUUCAGGUGAGGAGGGCAAGAGCAGGGACAAGCACAGGGACAGGUCCAAUCACCACCACCAUCACCACCACCACCACUCUUUGAGUGGUGCUUCUCUUUCCUCCUCACACAAACACUCAAGUUCCGGAAGUGCAUUAGGAAGCAGCAAAAAGGUCCCUAAUGAUUCGUCUCGAACAAGCUCAUCUUCCUCUGUCUCCCGCAAGAGGACACAUCCCCAAGACCCUUCGGCAGCAUCCCACCCUGCUUCUAAAAUGAGCAAGUCUUCUCGAAAUCCCUAUCAGCUACCAUCCAUGUCUUCCUCAUCUGGCCAAACACUGGCAUCUGACAUCCUCCCGGCCCUUGGCCUCUCCCAUCACCAGGGGAGCUAUUCACUCCCCAAAGGCGACAAGACAGACACUAACGGACAUGGGGGAACAGGUGGCGCUCAGUCCAAUGAGUACCAGGACACUUUUGAGAUGUUAAACUCGCUUCUGAGCGCGCAGGGUGUCCAGCCGUCCCAGCCGACCAUGUUUGACUACAGAUCCCAGUACGCAGACUUCAGGUACUCUGGCGGAUCCAGAGGGAGCAAUGCCAGACCCCCACCCUUGCCUUCAGACCCUCCUCCACCUCUUCCGCCACUACCCAAAUGAGUUUUUAAUGUAUGUUGCUGUCUGUUACAUAAAGUAUUGUCUGAUUUUAGACAUUUUAUAAGCGUCAUGAGCUGAUGCGACUUUCAAAAUGUUUUAUUUGUAUUGAUCACUUGAGGUUCAAGGCGCAAAAGCUUGAACAUCUGAUUGGAACAAAACAUGUUAUUAACUUAAAGGUAUAGAUGCAAAUUUGGCUGCAAUCAAAUUAUUUUAGAUGGUGGGACAUUACUUUCCUUUACAUGAUUUAGGUUUUUUUGGAGGAAAUUAAGAUUAGAUAAAAUGACUACAACUGUCUGGUUGUCUGUUUUAUAGAGUUAUUUAUUUUUAUAAUAUACUCCAAUUUUUUUAUUUUUCCCCUGUCUUUACCAAUUAUUAUUAUUAAGUAGACAGGCUUUAGAUUCAAUCUCCAAAAUGUUUUUUUCUUUGUUGGAGCAGCCAUAACUGGAAACAAUUGGGCUUUCCCCACCAUUUUGGUGUCCUGUAUUUUAUUCCCUACCUUAUUCGGUAGAAGUAUACAAUUGUAACAUGUUUAAAAGAAUACACAAAA